AUGGAUAAUGGCCACGAUGGACCAGAGUCCAACGGUCUUGUCGGUGCCGUCGCCGAGCAGCAGCAGCAGCAGCAGCAGCAGCAGCAGCACGGUGUGAGCGCAAGGAAGAUGAACGACCUGCCCGACGACAUCGCCCACAUCACAGAGGGCUUCGUGCCCCUGUCACGGCUGUUCAGCCGCCUGGCGCAGAACACGCACAACCUCCUCCAGAACAAGAUCAUCGAGCUGGCAGAAAAGCCCUUGCCUGCCAGCGCCCUGAAUGGAAGCGCCGGGGCCGCGCACAACGCCGCGACCGCCGCCGACGAUAUGUCCAACGAGAAUGUCCGGAAGAAGGAGAUUCUUCUCAAGUUUGCCCAGGAUAUGCAUGGGAAAUGGGUCAAGGCGCUCGUCGUGGCCGAGUGGAGCAGGAAGGCGUCCAUGGUCAGCAAGCUCAUCGACCUCAAGUGGCAUACUGACCAGCAACGCCUCCUCUACGACAUCAUGCUCGACCGGAUCGUCAACGUCAAGAGGGAUCUCACCUUUGCCCGCAUGCCCAGCCCAGACCUCAAGACGGCCCUGAGUAUUCUCUCCACCGGUUCAGCUCCGUGGAUGCCAGAUCUCUACUACAUCGAACCGGAACCCCUCGAUGUCAACGACCAGAUCAAGUGGGUGAGCGACUUAGACACGCUAUUGUCUCUUCGACUCAACCUGGACGAAUUCGAUAGGAUACCGCCGCAGUUCAGAAACUACGACAUCGGCUCAGGCCGCGUCACGUUCAAGGUCGACGGCGAAUUCGAGGUCGACCUGACCAUCGCUGACGAGGACUUUGAGAAGCAGUUUUGGUUCAUCGACUUCCGCUUCUCCUUCAAGCCCGCCGCCGCCAACCUCUCCGAGACGCUGCGCGGAUACCUGGAGGGCUGCGUCAACGAGGCGUUGGCCAAGGAUGGCCUGGCGGGCUGCUACCAGUUCCUGCACGAGUUCGUCCUCACCUGCAAGAUCAACGAGAUCAAGCGCCAGGCUCUGCGCCUCAGCCGCGCCUCCUGGACUGGGACCCUCAAGGUCGAACCGCUGCACCGCGCUCUGGCUAUCCAGUACUGGACGUCGCGCAUGCCUCCCAACAUACCCAAGAGCUGGGUUCAAAUCUCCGUCAACAGCGGCCGCAAGAAGGCAGCGGCCGGUGCCGGUGCCGGUGCCGCCGCCAGCGAUGGAGGGGUAGGGGAUGCUCACACCAGCUACCUAGAGGUCAAGUGGUACCGGGACAACAAGGAAGUCGUCGAUGCCGAUCUAGCAUUCGACGUGGACAACCUGUCGGCAGAGGCGCUUCUACGUACCGCCGUGGGACGCCACAUCAGCUUCAUCCUCGGCGGCAUCUACGACAGGCUCCUGACGACGUCCAGGUUCAAGAACUCGGAGCACCGCCUGCACCUCGGCAUAUCGGACAAAGACCCCGCCAAGUCGCGCCUGAAAGCCGAAGUGGCCCGCUCGACCCAUGUCUCGCUACUCCUGGAGCCGAAGACGGGCAUGGUCGUCAUCAAGCCCAACUCCAAGUUCACCUACCACCAGGAGCAGAAGCUCAACAGCGGCCACGACUACGUCGAGGGCGGCUUCUACUGUCUCGAGGACGUGCGCUGCGCGUUUAUGGAGGACGAGAUCAUCAGGCGGUCCGGGCCUAUGGGAUGGGCUGCUGUCCGUCCUUCGCUCAGGGACGAGGAGCUCAAGUCUGCGGUCAAGGUGCGCGAGUGGACCAGGAUGAUAUGGCUCCAGAGAGAGGGCUGGCCGGAGAACUGGCGGUUGGUCGUCAUCUUGGGACUGGCCGGCGACGAAUGGUGGCUCAUCGAAGCGAUACCCUCAUCGACGACCAGCAACCCCCAGCGAUUCCAGCUGCGGCUGCCCAUACCGAACGGAUCACCGGACCUUUCGGAGUCCUUCUGGAACAGGCUGACCAUCUUCACGACGGCCACGAUGAGCCACCGCAUCAACGUUGCGGUGCUGCAUCGGCAGGGGAUCAAGUACCGGAUCAGCGAUGUGCCUAAUUCGCCUACCAAGAUGCUCAAGCUGCCGGCCGUUGACAUCUCGCUGUCAGCUGUGUUCCCGACCAUGGCAUACAAGGAGCACAACCACAGCCAGAUCAGCUUAGAGGACCCCGCCGCCGCCGCCACCCAACCAGCCAAGCCGACGCAGCACAGGCAUGCAGGUGCUUCUCCGGCAUUAGUGCCCAGACAGCCCUGGGCCAAGGAUAAUAUCACUCUGCGGUUGAAGUCGGUCCAGGCACCGCCUAGGCAGGGAAAGACCCCAGGCGGCGAAUCCUCAUCUGUGGAGAGCCAUCUGGUGUGCGUGUCGGAGGCAAUCAUCAGGGUGCAGAAGCCGGCGAAGCUGGCAGCGCUCAAGGGUCGCAUAGACGACAGCGUGCGCUACGACGAGCGUAAGGGUGAGUUUGCGCUGUCGAUGCGUCAUCCGAUCGGGGAGCCGACACUCGAAGUGCUCAAGACGCGCAUAGUCGCCGUCGACCGCUUCGUGUGCUUCCUCGAGGCCCUGGGUAAGUCCAAGGAUACUGUCGAGAGCGAGGACGUGGCGCUGGGACACGUAUCCUUCUUCUACGGCGCGAAGAAGAGGCAGCCGCAGCCGCAGCCGCAGCCGGAACAGCCGGCGGACGAGUCGGAGCGGCAGCCACAGCAGAAGCGGUGGCGUGUCAUGCUCGACCUGUCCCAGAACGACGUGGAUGUCAAGCUGGACGACGACAGCCCGCACCUGUGCGUGAUUGAUCUCCUCAAGCGCAUGGUCAAUAUGGAUGGCGGCAUCGGAACAGUCAUGUCGUGGCUGCCCUCGUCGCUACCCACGAUGAUGGCCAUUGAGGCCAUGGAGUCGAGGUGGCGCGACAUCCAGACCGACGCCAAGGGGAGUCUCGAGGUCACGGUUAAGAAUAUAGACUGGAUGCACAUCUGCUACACCGUCACAGCCAACAUGUCGGCAGCAGCCAGCGGCGUUCCUGUCAAGCGCCAGCUCACUCUAGAUGGGCGUAUCAAGCUCCGUCACAACGAGCCGUGGUGGUUCCUCUACAGGACAGGCAAGCCCCCCAACGACCCGAUGGACUCGUUCGACAAGGCCCUCAAGCCCACGUGGGACGGCCGCGGUCCCGGCUGGCAAGGUCUCGGCACCGGCGCUUCGGGGAGGCGAUUGAAAUAG